UGACUGACUGUCUCGUUGUGUCCCAGUAUGAUCAACUUUCCCAUAUACUAACUGCUGCAGUCAACCAAGGAUCAAGCGCAAUGGCACUACGGGACGAACUUUUAAAGUCAAUAUGGCAUGCUUUCACAGCGUUGGACGUGGACAAAAGCGGGAAAGUGUCCAAGUCGCAGUUAAAGGUGCUCUCUCAUAACUUGUGCACUGUGAUGAGGAUCCCCCAUGACCCAGUGGCCCUUGAGGAGCACUUCAAAGAUGACGACGAAGGCCCCGUCUCUACACAGGGCUAUAUGCCCUACUUGAACAAGUUCAUUUUGGACAAGGUCCAGGACAACUUUAAUCGGCAGGACUUUAACAGAAUGUGCUGGACCCUGUGUGCUCGGAAGAACCUCAACAGGACACACCUCCUCAUCUCGGAUGAAGACGCCUUCAAGAUCUGGUGCAUCUUCAACUUCCUGUCCGAAGACAAAUACCCACUGGCCAUAGUCACUGAGGAGAUCGAGUACUUCCUGCGCAAGCUGACGGAGGCCAUGGGUGGCAGCUGGGUGGAGGAGCGCUUCGAGGACUACAAGCUUGAGCUUUGCACAAAGCAGCAGUGCCUGAGUGCCUGGGAGAUAAUCACCCUGGUGGGCACUGGCACGUUCAGCAAGGGCAUGGACCGCCAGACCCUCUCUAUGGGCAUCACCGAGGUCUUCCACGAGCUCAUCCUUGACGUAUUCAAACAGGGCUACAUGAUGAAAAAGGGUCACAAGAGAAAGAACUGGACAGAGCGCUGGUUCUCCCUGAAGCUCAACUCCAUAUCCUACUACGUGAGCGAGGAUCUGGCAGAGAAGAAGGGCGACAUCCUGCUGGAUGGAAACUGCUGUGUGGAGUCGUUACCGGAUAAGGAAGGGAAGAAGUGCCUGUUCUACGUCAAAUGCUCCGACAAAAGCUAUGAGAUCAGCGUGUCAGACAAGAAGAGGAAACAGGAAUGGAUUCAGGCCAUCCAGACGUGUAUCAGUCUGCUGAAGCUGGGCCGGCCGGCGCCGCACCGCGAGUCCCGCCAGAAGCGGAGGGUGCUGAGGCAGAAACAGCAAGCGGAGCAGGAGGAGCUGGAGCUCAGGAUGAAGGAGCUGCAGACGGCCAACGAGGACAAGCAGCAGGAACUGGAGGCCAUGAGGAAGAAACUGGAGGAGGCGGCGGCCAACGCGGCAGAGGAAGAGAGGAGACUCUUGCAGACGCAGACUGAACAACAGGAUCGCUACAGGGUGGACCUUGAGAGGGAGAAAAUGGUGCGACAGGAGAUGGAGGAGCAGGUGGCUCAGAAGUCCACUGAGCUGGAGCAGUACCUGCAGCGCGUCCGCGAGCUGGAGGACAUGUACCACCGCCUGGAGGACGCCCUGGAGGAGGAGAGAAGCGCCAGGCAGGACGAGGAGAUGGUUCGCAGGCUCCAGGCCCGGUUACUGGAGGAGGAGGCGACCAAGAGGGCUGAGCUGGAGCAGAUCCACCUCCACCAGCAGAGGGCCAUCUCUGAGACGGAGGCGGAGAAGCAGGAGCUGGAGAAGGAGGGAACGGCCAAGGAGAAUGCCCUGCAGGCCGCCAUGCUGCAGCUGGAGCAGCUAGAGAGUGAGAGGCAGGGGGCACUGGAGCAAUACCAGGACGUAAUGCAGAAACUGGAGGACGCAGCGAACAACACCAGGACCUGGAAACAUAAAGUGGCCCACCAUGAGGGAUUGGUCCGCCUCAUUCAACCAGGUUCAAAGGGGCCUCAGAAGAUCACUAACUGGGGCCCAGCAGCCUUCACUGAUGCAGAAUUAAGCCUGAGGAAGAAAGAUUGGCAGGAGAGGAAGAACCGACCCGCCCAGACCCAGUAGAGCCCCCAUUCAACACACUCAUGGUUGCUGAAUCAUUGAUGGAACAUUGAUGCAACUUUGCCCUCAGUGUGCAAUGUUGCGUCUUCAGCAUUCAUUAACUCAAAAGGGAACAGGGAAGGCAGGCUCACUUUUACAGAUACCAGGGUUGUGUUCAUUAGGCACCAAACUGAAACAGAGAAGGCCUACCUAGGCUUUUUGUCCAAUAGGAAAGGCACAUUUUAUUUUCCCGUUGCAAAUCGAUUUGAAACGUUUUCUGUUUCGUGCCCUAAUGAACUCGACCCAGGUGCUGCACAGAUCUUGAUACUACCUGCAUCGCCUGAGAGUAAAAUGAACAGCCAGAUUCAAAUUGCUUUCAUAUGAUGGACUGAAGGAGCUGCGCACUUGACACGAGUAAUUCAAUGUCUGAGGAAGGUGGAGUGUGGUCCGAAACGUUAGAUUCCUUUUAUCAAAACGUUUUUGACCAUGUUUUGAUGAUAGGGAUUUCAUAAUUGUUUGUGUCUUUUGUAAAUGUAAAACUACAGCUUGCAUAAUUUUUAUCAGUUUGUGGGUUACCGUUUUUGGUUCCAUUGCCAAAGUGAUGGCACUUAAUAACCCAUGAAGUAGUAUGAACAAAACUCCAUGUUAACAUCAUCAAAUUUCAUUACUUAUGAAAAUAAUAAUCAAAUAACUAGCCAUCAUAGUGUACUACUCCCAUUUUAUUAAAUGUACGUUUUCCGUACACAUACUGUGAGAAAUGGGACAUUUGCCGUGUUACACUUGAAACAUUGCUGCUACACUGUAAUGAAAAACUGUACAGUAAUCGGAGGUAUUAUCAACAUUCAAAUAAACGAUUUACAGCAACAUACUGUACAUUAUGGCGCAUUUUGGGAAAAUGUUAUGGGCUAGGAAAGAAUUGCUGUAUUUCAAAUGUUACUGUAAUUUCAGCACAUAGAAUACAGUACCCUACCAUAUCUUUGGCACACCAAAACCCCUUUAUUUUUUUAUUUUUUAAAAAACCUUUAACUAGGCAAGUCAGUUAAGAACAAAUUCUUAUUUACCAUGACGGCCUACCCCGGCCAAGCCUGACCCGGACGACGCUGGGCCAAUUGUGCGCCGCCCUAUGGGACUCCCAAUCACGACCGGUUGUGAUACAGCCCGGAAUUGAACCAGGGUCUGUAGUGACACCUCUAGCACUGACAUUCAGUGCCUUAGCCCACUGCGCCACUCGGCAGCCCUCGGCCACUAGUGGAUGCAUGGUAUCGUUGUUUCUGGCUCAUUCAAAUAUUUUGAGGAAUGCCUUGUAAAGGCUGUAUUUGUUGCACCUGGUGAGUAAGAGUGCCCUAUCACUUUAACUCCUAUGUGGUUAUAGUUCCCCAUCAAUAGAACUCCCCAUGUUGUAGUCCUAAAAACUGAAAAUGAUUUACUGCCAUCUCUAUGGGGGAAAUUAAUGGGGUUUUGGGAUAAGGUCUGACGUUAACACAGGCUUCGGAGAUCUUAUGUUUUAAUCUAUGAGAUAUCAGUCAGGUACCAUAACCUAUGUGUUUUCAUGCUUGUUUUGAUUACAGAAAUGCUUCAAAAUUCACAGCGAUGUUUCCCAAUGAAGAAUAUCUCAUAGAACAAAACGUGUAAGGUCGUAAACCUGUGUUUUGAAAAUAAAAGAGAGCCGCACACUCUAAAAGCUCAGAUGCAAAAAUGUAAUACCAACGUUUCGACAGCCAAGCUGUCUUCAACCUGUGUUUACCACAGACUUUAUUUUCAGCGUUUAUCCAAAACCCCUACAAAAACCUGAUUUCAUUUCCCGAAAGACUUUGGCCAAUGAGCCAUGGCGGAGUUGGCGCCUACUAAAAGACACCAUUACUAUUGCUCUCUAUUUAAAUUCUAUAGGGGACAGAUUGGAGUGGCACAAAAAUGGUUAAGCGUUGUAUCUUCUUGUGCUUUUGGUCUGUUUUGCCCUGUAGUUCCGGCCAGUUUAAAAGCCUUUGUUGGCCCCUAGAAGUAUGCGUGAUAGAAGACACCCAAAUAUUCAUUAAUAUGCUGUAAUGUGUAAACUUCACCUAGCAACCACCCGCUUGCACCAAUCCUUUGUAAAUACCAUUAAGUAAAUACAAACCCCUCCCUUCAAUCAUCCAUUCAUUCCGAUUACAGUAGCGUUGAAUUUAUUUUAUUUUAUAAUAGUACAUUUUAAGGUAUUGUACUCUGUCAUUACACAGUACUUGAUACCGUAUUUAUAUUACUGUAGGUGUACUGGAAAAUGAAAUGCAGAAUUUCUUUACCUGUUACUGAGCUGCCUGUAAUUGUCAAAUUCACAGUAACCCCUUUACAGUGUAGCAAAUUACAGGGCUUUGUAGCACGGUGCCAGAACCACGCUCAUGGUGGGGGAUGGAGUUGUAUACUGACAAUUUCACAAAUGACAACUUUUUUGUGUUUUGUAGUCGUUAAUGUGUUUAAAUAGCUGAAGACCGGUGUCAUGUUUUAUUACAGGGUUCAGUCUUAAACAAUAAUUGUAUGCAGUUGUUGCAAGGAUGCACACGUAAGUAGAGAACUGAUUGUUGAUAUGUCAUGUAAUAAUAUUCACAAUAGACACAAGACCCCAGUCUCUAAUUGAUAUGGUGCUGCCAUUGAAACAAGAGGAAUGGUAUGGUACUUUCAAAUGAUGUACUCCAGGGGGCACUAUAGUUUUAGAAAACGCAGGUUAUCCUUCAUUUGGUCAUCUCCUAAACAUACUUUACUUAUGAUAAUACAACAUGUUAUGCUGUUAACAGUGUGUGUUUGGGGUCCCUAUUUCCAUUACUUCACUGCAUAAACCCUCCACUUUCUAAAAUAAAAUAUAAUCUACAGUGACAUGUAAACCAAGA